AUGGGAAACAAGCCACUUCAAAAGGGCUCAAGGGCAAAAGGACCCCAGAAAGGAAGCUUCAACCCACACUAUGAUGACAGGAACAAAAAGCAUGGAGUCUUGUCAGACUUCAGAGCCCAGCAGCUUGGACCAUUAAUCAUUCUCAGGUUUCAUUCGCCAAAGGCUCAGCACCAGGCACUUGCCAGAUUAGAAGCAUUUUAUGAGUCCAAGGAUGCUGUUGGGACAUACAUCAGCCUGGCCAAUCCCCAGACCAGAAGACUCUGCCCCAAUUACAAGGCCUUCAAUUUGCCCACUAGUGCAAUCUAUGACUGGCUGGUUGCCAUGCGGACUGCAGAGUUGGGCGCAUCUCAGAGUAUCGCCGGAAAAUUUGAGGCAGCAUUCCAGGGAUGGUGGGGUCCUUUCGUCAACACUGAGGAAUCUCGUCUCUUAGCCCACCUCGCCCAGGCCGGUUGUUUCGGCCGGCUAUCAGCACGCGGUGAAGUGCCGAGCUACCUCAUCUCCGUCUCUGAGCAGUCUGCCAUCCUUCACGAGGCCUUGCACGCUCUUUACUUCCUGCACUCGGAUUACAGGGAUCGGGCACAGGAGGUAUGGGACAGGCUGUCGAAACGAUGUCAGUUGACGAUACAACAGGGCAUGGUGCUGAGGGGCUAUGGGAGCCAUGUCUGGGUCGAUGAGUUCCAGGCAUAUGUCAGUGAAAAUGUGGGGGAGUUCGGAAACAAGACGAAAGAAGAGUGCACCGAAGUGAAGAAGCUGCUCCUGUCAGCACAGGAGGUCGCAUGGAAAGAACUCGGUAUGAACAUCAGCGCAAUUCAUCAGGGUCCUUAA